AUGUAUGGUGGACCGUACGGUGAGCCGGGAGGUGGUUACGGUGGACCGAGUGGCGGUUACGGAGGAGGGUAUGGUGGUGGAGCUGGUGUUGGUGGGUAUGGUGGUGCUGGUGGAGGAGGAUAUAGAGGUGGUGGUGGUGGCUAUGACAUGGGUGGUCUUGGAGGUGGUUACGGUGCUGGUGGUGGUAGCGGCGGAAGUGGAGGAGGUUCGUUUUAUGGUGGAGGAGGAGGAAGUAGAGGUGGAUAUGGUGGUGGUUCUGGUCGGUACCAUCCUUAUGGAAGGUAG